AUGGGCUCCACGAAAAACCUGGAGGUCGUCCUUCUAGACUCAGAUUCUGACCUGGAACUACAGCACGUCUCAAAGAAACAGAAACAUGACCCUCUGCCGUCUCACGCUGAACACCAGGAUGUUGUGAUUCCACCAUUCCGCAAGCCUUUCCAAGAUUCCGACUCGGAAUCUCCAAAUCCUGAAUCUGCUCCUGCUCCUGCUGAUAGCAGCCUUGUUCAUAAAGAAUCUUCAUCGCCUGCUUCAGAUUCAUCCGAAUAUUCAGGUCUGAGCGUUGGUUCUCUGGAUUUAGAUGAGUUCAGCGUUGGAGAUAUGGCUCCAUCAAAUGGAGAUGCCAAAAAUGGCACUAACGGCUCAUCUUCCCCUACUACUGACCAGAUUGCUAUGAAAAGAACUAUCUACGAAACACGCAAGUUUUUGAAAAGCAAAGGUAUCAUGGCAUUUCUCGAGGAAUACCUCCCGCCAACAGCUCUGAGCGAUGAAAUAUACAAAUUAAUCCUAAAAUUGGGCUUCCAUCCACGAAACUUGCCUCCUUUUGAAAAAGGUGAAAACCUCCUUCAGCUCAUAAAACUACUUCAUUUGGCGAUGAAGCGUGUUCGUCAGUUGCGGUCACGCCUAGAUAAUUUCUAUAGAGUCGAGGACGCCUUGGACAAGAUCAAAUCUGCUCAGAAGAUUCUAGUUAUCACUGGUGCUGGUAUUUCUACAAGUUUAGGAAUCCCUGACUUUAGAUCAUCCAAGGGUUUCUAUUCAAGAAUCUCCCACAUGGGCUUAACUGAUCCACAAGAAGUGUUUGACUUGGAUAUUUUCCAUACCGAUCCUUCAAUUUUUUAUUCCAUUGCACACAUGAUCUUGCCCCCUGAUAAUAUUUACGCCCCGUUGCACAAGUUCAUAAGAUUGUUGCAAGACAAAGGAAAGCUUUUGCGUAAUUACACGCAGAAUAUUGAUAACUUGGAAGCUAACGCAGGCAUCCGUCAUGAUAAGAUGAUCCAAUGUCAUGGAUCUUUUGCAUUUGCAACCUGUGUCACUUGUGGCUACCAGGUUCCAGGCGAAACGCUUUAUCCUACGAUGCGUAAUAAAGAAAUUGCAUACUGCCCUCAUUGUGCCAAAGCUAGACAGAGACUAAUGAACAAGGACGACUCAUAUGUUGAAGAGAGUUACGGUGUGAUGAAACCCAAUAUCACAUUUUUUGGUGAACCCCUUCCUCGAGCAUUCCAUGACAGCAUAAAUCAAGACCUCAGGGACUGUGACCUUAUCAUCAGCAUAGGAACUUCUCUCAAAGUGGCCCCGGUGGCAGACAUUGUUGAUAAAGUACCAGCUGAUGUUCCACAGAUUCUCAUCAACAGAGAUCCUAUUCACCACUGCAAUUUCGACAUCAGCUUCUUGGGCUAUUGUGAUGAUGUUGCAGCUUAUCUCUGUAACCGUUUGGGUGCCGAGUGGGCCCUUGACCAUCCUCAAUAUGAGGAGCUAUUGUGCCCUACGAGGGACAACUUACAACUCGAAACAACAAAGGAGCGUGGAGUCUACAACGUCAAGAACCUUCAGCGCGAGUCCCGUAUGGCCCAGGAACCACCAACAGCCCCUGAAGAGCCAGACUUAGUCGUCCUAGAGCCCACUAUAUAA